AUUUAUCCAUACCCACCGCAGAGAGAGGACAAGAUGAGGAUGGGGGGUUAGCAGCCUGUAACCAGGGAAUGGAAGUCUGUAGAGGAGGAGCCAGCGUAGGCCGUACGCUCACACAAACUUGCACUGUUCAAAUCACUACGCUCCGCAGGCACUCCCUCCCCGAGCCAAGAAAACACAACAAAUGCGCUGCAGACAAAACUCAGCCAACCAACCGAACCAAAAAGCCUUUUUGGUUCACCUCCCCAAACCAAUCCAAACAAAACGACGACCAUUUAAUACUCUCAUUAAUACUACCACUUCCGACUUCUAUUAAAAAGGCCGCCUGGGCGUCGACGGCCCCCAAAUCAAAGCAACUUUAGGGUUUUACAGAGAGAGAGAGAGAGAGUAAUGGAGGGCGGCCGGGUAUACAUGGACGUAAGCAUCGGAGGCGAGAUGGAGGGGAGGAUCGUGAUCGAGCUAUUCGCCAGCGUCGCGCCGAAGACGGCGGAGAACUUUAGGGCUCUCUGCACCGGCGAGAAGGGGAUCGGCCCGAGCACCGGAGUACCUCUCCACUUCAAGGGCUCACGAUUUCAUCGAGUUAUCAAAGGCUUUAUGCUUCAAGGUGGAGACAUAUCUGCAGGUGAUGGAACUGGAGGAGAAUCCAUAUAUGGAUCAAAGUUUGAGGAUGAGAAUUUUGAAAUGAAACAUGAGAUGAAAGGAAUGCUGUCAAUGGCCAAUUCUGGUCCUAACACAAAUGGUUCUCAAUUCUUCAUCACGACAACAAGAACACCUCAUUUGGAUGGGAAACAUGUUGUAUUUGGGAAGGUGCUAAAAGGCAUGGGAGUUGUCCGUUCAAUUGAGCAUACACCUGUCGGAGAGGGUGAUUGUCCCACGGUUGAUGUUAUAAUUGCGAAGUGUGGAGAACUUCCUCAAGGGAGUGAUGACGAAGUUGUAAAUUUCUUCAAAGAUGGUGACAUGAAUCCAGAUUGGCCUGGUGACCUUGAUGAGAAGCCAAAUGACGUAGCAUGGUGGAUAAAUGCAGUUGAUUCUGCUAAAAAUUUUGGGAACACUUGCUUCAUGAAACAAGAUUACAAGAUGGCUCUUAGAAAAUACCGAAAAGCAUUGCGGUACUUGGAUGUUUGUUGGAAUCAAAAAGAGAUUGAUGAAGAGAAGAGUUCUUUAUUGCGGAAGAUGAAGUCAGUGAUCUUCACAAAUAGUUCUGUAUGCAAAUUGAAACUGGGGGAUUUCAAAGGUGCGCUGCUGGAUGCUGAAUUUGCAGUGCGAGAAAGAGAUGGCUAUGGCAAAGCAUAUUUUCGCCAAGGUCAGGCACAUAUGGCACUGAAUGAUGUGGAUGCAGCAGUAGAAAGCUUCAAGACAGCAUUAGAGCUGGAGCCCAAUGAUGGAAAGAUAAAGGAAGAACUUGCUGCCGCGAAGAAGAAGAUUGCUGAUAGGCGAGAUCGAGAGCGAAAGGCUUAUGCUAGAAUGUUUCAAGCAUCAACCAAAUCAGGCUCAAAUGAUGAGGAAUAACAGUGAUGAAUUCAUUCAGCUCUAAAACUUUCAAAAUUUGUUUUUACUGCCGAUGACAAGCUGAGCAGUUUUUUUGUUGGCAUAGGGAGGUGUUUGUAGGAAUAAGAAGCUGAUUAACUGUAGUUCAUUUUUGAUGCGGACGAAAGUUUUUCAUUUCUUGAACCUUUUAUUGUAUUUGUAGUGUCUGGAGGGACGCAGUAAAAACCAUUGUAAUGGUGCUUGACACACAUGUUUGAGGACUUCAACUUACGUCAUCUCAACUAAUUUCUUUGAACUUGUGCAAAAUGUCACAUUGUUUUUGUGGAACGGACAGUUUUUCAUAUAUUUCAAAAUUCUCGGUAACUGGAAUAUUUCAAA